CCACCAUUGCUCCCCGCGCCGAGCUCUGUGUCGCCGCCGUCGCCUAGGCGGUUGGGGGUCGGUGGGGCGGCGCGGGCGGGGGUCGCUGCGCGGGGCGGCGAGCCUCUGUUUUGUCUCCUCCUCUCCCUGUGGAGCGGCUUGGGCUGCUGGGGAGGCCCCGGCUCCCUCCGGACCCUCGGCCAACGGCGGCGGCUGCUAGUCCGCGGCCCUGCUGAGAGGGAAAAGGACGCCGCGGUCUUCCCAGGCGUCGCGGAGAGCAGUUCCAAAGAACUACUGGUUCAGAUUUUACCUCUUCCGAAGUUGUGAAAACAGUGAAGGAUGCUUAGACUACUUAACAUACAAACUGGUCUCUGGUUAAUCAUCUUUAGAAGACUGGAUUUCUGGAUAUCUACUGUACUCCAUCUCUGUUGACUUUUAAAACAUGAUAAUGCAAACCUAUAACACUGGCAACCAUCAAUGAACCUUUAAUUUCAUUGAUUAAUAGCGUUUGAAGCUUCCUCAGGGAAUAACAAUGACAUCAGCAGUGGUUGACAGUGGAGGUACUAUUUUGGAGCUUUCCAGCAAUGGAGUAGAAAAUCAAGAGGAAAGUGAAAAGGUUUCUGAAUAUCCAGCAGUGAUUGUGGAGCCAGUUCCAAGUGCCAGAUUAGAGCAGGGCUAUGCAGCCCAGGUUCUGGUUUAUGAUGAUGAGACUUAUAUGAUGCAAGAUGUGGCAGAAGAACAAGAAGUUGAGACCGAGAAUGUGGAAACAGAAAUCCUCCCUGUGGCACAAAAGGACUCCUUUAAUUAGAAAAUAUUGUUGCCACAGGGAGGUAGAAGAUCGACAUGAAAAACUGGGGAUCUGAAAAGGAGCCCCUAUCCUAGGAUUACCUGAAGGUGAAACAGAUUGAGCCAGAAGGAAGACAAUGCUGUGGAAGCAUCAGUUCAUAGCAGUAAUGCACACUGUACAGAUAAGACAAUUGAAGCUGCUGAAGCCCUGCUUCAUAUGGAAUCUCCUACCUGCUUGAGGGAUUCAAGAAGUCCUGAAUUUAUCCAUGCUGCUAUGAGGCCAGAUGUCAUUACAGAAACUGUAGUGGAGGUGUCAACUGAAGAGUCUGAACCAAUGGAUACCUCUCCUAUUCCAACAUCACCAGAUAGCCAUGAACCAAUGAAAAAGAAAAAAGUUGGCCGUAAACCAAAGACCCAGCAAUCACCAAUUUCCAAUGGGUCUCCUGAGUUAGGUAUAAAGAAGAAACCGAGAGAAGGAAAAGGAAACACAACCUAUUUGUGGGAGUUUCUUUUAGAUCUACUUCAAGAUAAAAAUACUUGUCCCAGGUAUAUUAAAUGGACUCAGAGAGAAAAAGGCAUAUUCAAGCUGGUGGAUUCAAAGGCUGUCUCUAAGCUUUGGGGAAAGCAUAAGAACAAACCAGACAUGAACUAUGAAACCAUGGGACGAGCUUUGAGAUACUACUACCAAAGGGGAAUUCUUGCAAAGGUUGAAGGACAGAGGCUUGUAUAUCAGUUCAAGGAUAUGCCCAAAAACAUAGUGGUCAUAGAUGAUGACAAAAGUGAAACCUGUAAUGAAGAUUUAGCAGGAGCUACUGAUGAAAAAUCAUUAGAACGAGUGUCACUGUCUGCAGAAAGUCUCCUGAAAGCAGCAUCGUCUGUUCGCAGUGGGAAAAAUUCAUCCCCUAUAAACUGCUCCAGAGCAGAGAAGGGUGUUGCUAGAGUUGUGAAUAUCACUUCCCCUGGGCACGAUGCUUCAUCCAGGUCUCCUACUACUAAUGCAUCUGUGUCAGCAACAGCAGCUCCAAGGACAGUUCGUGUGGCAAUGCAGGUACCUGUUGUAAUGACAUCAUUGGGUCAGAAAAUUUCAACUGUGGCAGUUCAGUCAGUUAAUGCAGGUGCACCAUUAAUAACCAGCACUAGUCCAACAACAGCGACCUCUCCAAAGGUAGUCAUUCAGACAAUCCCUACUGUGAUGCCAGCUUCUACUGAAAAUGGAGACAAAAUCACCAUGCAGCCUGCCAAAAUUAUUACCAUCCCAGCUACACAGCUUGCACAGUGUCAACUGCAGACAAAGUCAAAUCUGACUGGAUCAGGAAGCAUUAACAUUGUUGGAACUCCAUUGGCUGUGAGAGCACUUACCCCUGUUUCAAUAGCUCAUGGUACACCUGUAAUGAGACUAUCAAUGCCUACUCAGCAGGCAUCUGGCCAGACCCCUCCUCGAGUUAUCAGUGCAGUCAUAAAGGGGCCAGAGGUUAAAUCGGAAGCAGUGGCAAAAAAGCAAGAACAUGAUGUGAAAACUUUGCAGCUAGUAGAAGAAAAACCGGCAGAUGGAAAUAAGACAGUGACCCACGUAGUGGUUGUCAGUGCGCCUUCAGCUAUUGCCCUUCCUGUAACUAUGAAAACAGAAGGACUAGUGACAUGUGAGAAAUAAAAUAGCAGCUCCACCAUGGACUUCAGGCUGUUAGUGGCAGUACUGACAUAAACAUUUGCAAGGGAAGUCAUCAAGAAAAGUCAAAGAAGACUUUAAAAACAUUUUUAAUGCAUAUACGAAAACAAUCAGACUUACUGGAAAUAAAUUACCUAUCCCAUGUUUCAGUGGGAAACGAACUACAUAUUGAGAUGCUGACAGAAAACUGCCUCUUACAGUAGGAAACAACUGAACCCAUCAAUAAGAAAAAGGAUUGAAAGGGACCAAGCAGCUCACUACGAUAUCAAGUUACACUAAGACUUGGAACACUAACAUUCUGUAAGAGGUUAUAUAGUUUUCAGUGGGAGGGGUUGGGAUGGGUGAUCUUAUUGUUACAUAUAGCAAUUUUUGAUGCAUUUUAUAUGCAUACCAGCAAUUAUUACUGUGUUCGCACAGUUCUCACUUAACUGGUGCUAUGUGAAGACUCUGCUAAUAUAGGUAUUUUAGAAUGUGAAUUGAAGAAUGGAUCCCAAAAACUUCAGAAAGAGGAUAGCAAAAAAAGAUCUAGUGCGAUUUUUUAUAUAUAUAUAUAUAUAUAUAUACACACACACAUAUAUAUAUAUAUCAUAUAGCUUAAGCUGAUUUAAAACAAAGGCCUUAGACUAAUUUUCAGUUUUCUUUCUUGAAAUAAGCUAAUGGCUUGUUUGUGUAAAGCUUUUUUAUUAAAAGAAAAAUUUUAAAAAUCUUGUACCUAGCACAGUAUUGUUAUAGAAUUUACAUGUAACAUUUUAUAUGGUAGUUUAAGUCUGUCAGUUUCUUAAUUGUGGACAGAUUAACAGUUGGCUCUGGCCUUUUGCUGUAACAUGCCUGUGUCACUCAGCCCUGGCAUUUGUGCAGACAUAUCAUUUUCAGUUCUGCUGUCACUUGGAAGUUCAGGCUCAGCAUGAGUUUUUGUCAGGUAGCUCUAAUACCUGGAGUUUUCUUUCUUUCUUUCUUUUUUUUUUUUUCAGUUGAAGUUUAUGAGGGAAAUACCAGUGUUCAGAUUUGAACUAUAAUAGUUUGUAUAUUCAACAUUUGAAGUAUAUUCUAUUUUGUUGUACUCUUGUUUCAAAGUGUAUUCAAGUAGGUUUUCUGAAAUAUAGAAAUGAAAUUUAUCUUC